CUUUUUGAUUUGCUAAUGUUUUUUUGUGCCUAUAAAUUUCAACGACCGAAACCCCAUCCAGCAUUCAUCCGUUCUUCCUCCCCCCGUUCACUUUGUUGUGUUUCCAGAGCUCUGUCUCUCCGUAUUACUCUGUUCCUCUGCUCUGUUUCUUCUGGUUCUAAGGUUUCCGAAGGAUUUCAUCCAUGGCGGAGCGACUUCUGACUCGAUCUCACAGCCUCCGUGAGCGUCUCGAUGAGACCCUCUCUGCUCACCGGAACGAGAUUGUGGCUUUCCUUUCCAGGGUCGAGGCCAAGGGGAAAGGCAUACUGCAACACCACCAGCUCAUUGCUGAGUUCGAGGCAAUCUCCGAGGACACCAGGCAGAAGCUCCUCGAUGGUGCAUUUGGUGAAGUCCUGAAAGCCUCUCAGGAAGCAAUCGUUUUGCCUCCGUGGGUUGCCAUUGCUGUCCGCCCAAGGCCCGGGGUGUGGGAAUACAUCCGUGUCAACGUGCACGCCCUCGUGGUCGAGCAACUGCAGGUUGCUGAGUACCUGCACUUCAAGGAAGAGCUCGUCGAUGGAAGUUUGAAUGGCAACUUCGUGCUUGAGCUGGACUUUGAGCCAUUCAAUGCCUCAUUCCCCCGCCCGACUCUCUCAAAGUCGAUCGGAAAUGGGGUGGAGUUCCUCAACCGCCAUCUCUCCGCGAAGCUCUUCCACGACAAGGAAAGCUUGCACCCUUUGCUUGAAUUCCUCCAAGUUCACUGCUACAAGGGGAAGAACAUGAUGGUGAAUACAAGAAUCCAAAAUGUUUCUGCCCUCCAACAUGUCCUGAGGAAGGCAGAGGAGUAUCUUUCUACCCUGAAACCCGACACCCCAUACUCCGAGUUUGAGCACAAAUUCCAGGAGAUUGGGCUCGAGCGGGGCUGGGGAGACACCGCUGCGCGCGUCGACGAGAUGAUCCAGCUCCUCCUCGACCUCCUAGAGGCCCCUGACCCGUGCACCCUCGAGAAGUUCCUCGACCGGAUCCCAAUGGUCUUUAAUGUUGUUAUCAUGUCCCCUCACGGUUACUUUGCCCAGGACGACGUGCUCGGGUACCCCGAUACUGGUGGGCAGGUUGUGUACAUUCUCGAUCAAGUUCGUGCCUUAGAGAGCGAGAUGCUUCACCGCAUCAAGCAGCAGGGGCUCGACAUUACUCCUCGGAUCCUCAUUGUAACUCGUCUUCUUCCCGAUGCUGUGGGGACAACAUGCAACCAGAGGCUGGAGAAAGUCUUCGGGACUGAGCACUCGCACAUUCUUCGUGUUCCCUUCAGAAAUGAGAAGGGAAUCGUCCGUAAAUGGAUCUCAAGGUUCGAGGUCUGGCCAUACCUGGAGAGAUACACCGAGGAUGUCGCGAAUGAAAUUGCCGGAGAAUUGCAAGGCAAGCCUGAUCUCAUCGUUGGGAACUACAGUGACGGGAACCUUGUUGCUUCUUUGUUAGCCCAUAAGCUAGGGGUUACACAGUGUACGAUUGCCCAUGCCCUCGAGAAGACCAAGUACCCUGACUCCGACAUAUACUGGAAGAACUUCGAGGAGAAGUACCACUUCUCGUGCCAGUUCACAGCUGAUCUUAUUGCCAUGAACCACACCGAUUUCAUCAUCACCAGCACUUACCAAGAAAUUGCCGGAAGCAAGGACACAAUCGGGCAGUACGAGAGUCACAUCGCUUUCACUAUGCCUGGGCUUUACCGGGUUGUUCACGGGAUUGAUGUAUUCGACCCCAAAUUCAACAUUGUCUCCCCUGGUGCUGAUAUGAGCAUCUACUUCGCCUACACCGAAGAGAAGCGGAGGUUGAAGUCCUUCCAUCCCGAGAUCGAAGAGCUUCUCUUCAGCGAUGUUGAGAACAAGGAGCACUUGUGUGUGCUUAAGGACCGGAACAAGCCGAUCCUCUUCACCAUGGCUAGGUUGGACCGUGUCAAGAACCUGACAGGGCUCGUCGAGUGGUACGGGAAGAACAACCGACUGAGGGAGCUUGUGAACCUGGUCGUGGUGGGAGGUGACCGGAGGAAGGAAUCAAAAGACUUGGAAGAGCAGGCCGAGAUGAAGAAGAUGCAUGGCCUUAUCGAGACCUACAAGUUGAACGGACAGUUCCGGUGGAUCUCGUCCCAGAUGAACCGGGUCCGGAAUGGAGAGCUCUACCGCUACAUCUGCGACACAAGGGGGGCCUUCGUGCAGCCUGCCCUCUACGAGGCGUUUGGGCUGACAGUCGUCGAGGCCAUGACCUGCGGGCUGCCCACUUUUGCAACCUGCAAUGGUGGGCCUGCUGAGAUCAUCGUGAAUGGGAAGUCAGGAUUCCACAUCGAUCCAUACCACGGAGAGCAGGCAGCCAACAUCCUUGUCGAAUUCUUCGAGAAGUGCAAGCAUGACCCGAGCCACUGGGACAGGAUCUCGCUGGGCGCUAUGAAGAGGAUCCAAGAGAAGUACACAUGGCAGAUAUAUUCCGAGAGGCUCCUGAACCUGACUGCCGUGUACGGGUUCUGGAAACACGUAUCGAACCUGGACAGGCUCGAGAGCCGCCGCUACCUUGAGAUGUUCUACGCCCUCAAGUACCGUCCACUGGCUCAGUCCGUUCCACUUGCUGUUGAGUAAAUAAAUAAAUAUUACAGAUGAAGGGACAUGAAGAUAGAACUUCUACUACAUAAAAGGCGGGAGCAGCAUUUUGAGUUUUCUAUGAGUCCUGAGGCAUGAAUAAUUAUGUCACAAUUUGAGGAUUGUGAUGUGUUUUGUGAAGAAUGUGUUUUCCAUUUUCCUCUUGUUUUCUGCAUAUCUCUAUUUCCAUUUCCCCUGCAAUUCUUCCCGUGGAAAUGCUUGUAAUUCGGGUUUUCAGCCCCGGCCAUCCAGUGAAAGUUCCUUCUUCUCGUGAUCA